GGGAAGCAUCCCCUUUAGCGCCAGACAUUCCGCGGGGACGAGCGUUAGAAGGACGCGAUUCGCGAGCCUGGACGACGCGGUGGCGAUGAUGGAGGCUUCGAAGCGCCGCGGCGAGGAUCGGGACCCACCCAAGGUGGAAGCGCGAUGGGGACGGAGGGCGUGGGAGCUUCUGGAGGCGGUGCGGCGGCGGGCUCCGCUGGUCCAGUGCAUCACCAACUUUGUGUCCAUGGACCUCAUGGCCAACGCCCUCCUAGCAGCGGGGGCGUCGCCGGCGAUGGUCCACUCCCUAUCGGAGAUCGACGACUUCACCCCACGUGCCGACGCCAUCUUGAUCAACGUCGGCACGCUCUCCGACGGGUGGCUCCCAUCCAUGAGGGCCGCCGCCACCGCCGCCACCCGGGCUGGGUGCCCCUGGGUCCUCGACCCCGUCGCCGUCUCCGCCUCCGACUUCCGCUUGGAGGCUUGCCUCGGCCUCGUGGGCCUCCGCCCCGCCGUCAUCCGAGGCAAUCCCUCCGAGAUUCUAGGGCUUUCUUCCGCGUGUCGGAUUCGCGAUUCCAAGGGGGCGGACAGCUCCCAUGAAUCAAUGGAUGCUGUGGAAGCUGCCAAGUCAUUGGCACAAGCCAGUGGCGCCAUAGUUGCGGUAUCCGGAGCUGUGGAUGUUAUCACAGAUGGACAGCAGGUGGUGGGUGCAAACAAUGGGGUGGCCAUGAUGCAGAAGAUCACAGCAACAGGGUGUGCUGUCACAGCAUUAAUCGCUGCCUUCAUUGCGAUCGAUCCACCAAAUACUCUGGAAGCCACUGCUUGUGCUUUCUCCAUCUUUGGUUUGGCAGCAGAGCUGGGAAUGGACAUGGCAAAAGGACCGGCCUCGCUGCGGAUGCAUAUGAUCGAUUCACUUCAUGGACUUGAUGAGCACACUGUAACUUCCCGGGUCAACAUUUCCUUCAUAACAUAGGCUCUCGACAGCAGGUGUAUUGAUCCCUUCUUCAUAUCUAUACAAUGAGAAAUUCAAAUAUUUGCAUAGUACAGCCAAUACAGAUGAGGUGAAUUUUACUGAGUAUCUUUUCUUUUUCAUUAUAUCCGUAUAAAUUAUUUGCUACCGACUGGAGAACUGCUCCGUUAAAAUUAUUUGAGACAUGAUAACUUUUUUCCUUUUGCAUUAAGAACUGGCCAAUAUAUUGGUCUUCUUU